UUUUGAUUUCCCAAAUUCACGAACACCAAUUUUCAUAGUGUGAAGAAUGGCCACGGUUGAAGAGAAGGAGGAGGAUGAGAAAGCGAAGCGGAAACCGCCGAGGCCGAAACGAAUAUGUUUCUCUUUCGCGGCGUACGCCAGCAGCCUCCUUAACAACCUAAAAUCCUCGAACGUUGUAAUCGACGAAGGAUUGUCGGACCUAGAACUCCGAAACCUAGAAUCCAAAUUGAAAUUCUCGUUCCCACCGGACCUUCGCGCGAUCCUCCAACAAGGCCUUCCCAUAUCACAAGGCUUCCCCAAUUGGCGUUCCUCUUCGACACAACAACUCCAAAUUCUCCUCAACCUCCCCGCCUCCCUGAUUCUCCGUCGCGUCUCCAACACGCGCUUCUGGCACCCCUCGUGGGGUCCGAAGCCGCCCGACCCGACCCAGGCGCUUCGCCGGUUGUUAAAUGAUGCACCGCGCCUCGUCCCGAUUUACCGGCAUUGCUACAUUCCCUCCUCCCCUGAGGCCGCCGGGAACCCUGUUUUCUACGUGGAUGACAGCGGGGAUGUCUGUUUGCUCAGCUUCGACUUGUCGGGGUUUUUCCGGGAGCUUCUGGCGCAGGAAAUGGACGAGCCAGUGUGGGCUGCGACGGCGGCUAAGAGGGUGAGGUUCUGGUCGGAGCUGGCGGAGGACCGGUGCGGGAGGUGGUGGUGGUGGGGCAUCGCUAAGGAGAAGCUCGGGGGAUGCUUGGAUAGGACGGUGUGGAAAUUGAGAGAGGGAGGGUGGACGGAGGAGGAGAUACGCGAGAUGGUGACGGUGGAAGAGAAGAAGAAGAGAGACGAGUUGAAAUUGAAUAACAAAGAGGCCAUGGCGCGGCACGUGAGAGUCCUAUCAUUGGUUUUGCUGCGUGCGGGGUGGAGCAGGGAAGAUGUUGUGUAUUCGCUUGGGGUGGUUGGUGAUGAGGAAAAAUCCUCCCUCGAAUUCCAUCAAGAAUCGUUAGAUCAACGCAACGUCAACAUCAACGGCUUCUAACCUUGUCGCUUCUCGUCUCUCAUCACUAUUAGUCAACCCGUCGCAUCCCAUUUUUCUUUUUUCGCUUUUUUAAUGUUUUUUAUAUUUAACAUAUAAGGAGUAUAAUUAAAAAUAUAUAAUACAUACAAAAGAAGUUAGAUUCCAGAACUAUUUUUUGUAAAAAAAAUUGAGGGGCGAUGAAAUUGCGAUUGCAAGACCUAGUUUUAAUUUGUGAGUUCAUGUGGA